AUGUCUUUGGAAGAAUUUGACGAAGUCAAAUAUGAUCACUCAACCAAACGUCUAGAUACCCCAUCAAAAUAUCUACUGCGUAAGGCGAGAAGAAACCCCAAUGGGUUGCAAGAACUGCGUGAGUCGAUGAAAUCCUCCACCAUUUAUGCAGGAAAUCUUUCAUUUUACACAUCAGAGGAGCAAAUUUACGAGUUAUUCAGUAAAUGUGGUACAAUAAAAAGAAUAAUUAUGGGUUUAGAUCGUUUCAAGUUUACGCCAUGUGGCUUUUGUUUUAUUAUAUAUAGUUGUCCGGAUGAGGCAUUGAAUGCAUUAAAAUAUUUGUCCGAUACAAAGUUAGACGAAAAGACAAUCACCAUUGAUUUGGAUCCUGGUUUUGAAGAUGGUAGACAAUUUGGCCGUGGUAAGAGCGGUGGCCAAGUCAGUGACGAGUUAAGAUUUGAUUUUGAUGCCUCCAGAGGUGGGUUUGCUAUUCCAUUUGCAGAGCGUGUUGGUGUACCACAUUCCAGAUUCGAUAACAGCAGUAAUUCACAAUCUAAUACUAAUGAUUAUAUUCCUCCUCCUGAUGCAAUGGGUACUUUCAGACCCGGUUUCGAUGAAGAAAGGGAAGACGAUAACUACAUCCCCCAAUAA